AUGCGUCAAGCUCGACUUCCAGCCUGGAAGAGACUGGGAUUGAAGUUAAAAUAUGCAAAUGAAAACCCACAACCCAAUAGAGACUCCUCCAAGAACGGAGCUGUUUCUGCGCAUCACCAGCAAGACUUUCAUAAUGAGAUUGAGAGUCAACCAGCAAUGGUGAAACCGCCCCGAAAGAAACGGAAAACGGAGCCAACUCCUGAAACUAUUCCUCCAACUCAGUCAAAGCAUUCCGCCUCAUCCCUCAACAAUGGGUCCUCAACGGAAGAGGCUUGGGAGAAGAAACUAAAGAAACGAGUAUCGUUCUCUGCCGACACCAAGCCGAUUGCCGAAUCUCCCAUCACAUCGUCCUCGAAAAAUGAAGCCAAGAAUGAAGAAUCCCCAGGGACGCUGAAGAAACCCAAAAAGAAAGCUGGACGAAAGAGCCCACAGCCUUUGGUUCAGAAAUCACACCGUGCCUUAGAUUAUCUCAACCAAUAUCGCACUUCGCGUUCAUCUUGGAAAUUCAACAAGAACCGAGAAACGUGGAUUUUGAAACAUGUCUUUUCAGAGACCGAUAUCCCUCGAGAAUAUAACAUGGCCUUGGCGAAUUAUAUCCACGGAUUACAAGGUUAUGCCGCGAGGGAAAGAUUGAAGACCCAAUGUGUUGAUAUGUUGAGGAAGGACGAAACAAAUGGUAUAGGGGAAGACCGGAAUGAAGAUUCGGACGAAGCAUUUCUUGGGCGAUUCUUAGCUACUCUGGAGAAUUCUAAUGAGCGCAAAGAUUCUGAAAUGGAUGAAGACCAUCAAUCAUGGGCCCAAAAAAUGUCACGCCCGCGGAUGUUGCUCUGGAGUCUGGGAUUGAAUCCUCGAGCAUUCAUGUCGAGUGAUGAGGAUGAUGAGGGUGUAGAGUCUUCCAAAUCGACAAAGACGACCGAAAGCGAGAACACAAGUGGGAUCAAUGGUGUGAAACCAAGAGAGAAGAAGCGAAAGAAUAGGACUGCGGUCAUCGAAUAUGAAAGCUCCAAUUCCAGCUCUAGCGAGAGUGAUAGUGAAAGCGACAGCGACAGCAACAGUGACAGCGACAGCGAUAACGGCUGCAGCUAUUAUACCGGAAGUGAAGCCGCAGUUGCAUUCAGGAACCGGUCACGAGAGGACACAUCGGGCAGCGGUAGCUUAUGA